AUGGCAACAUCUUCUGUCCUGUCACUGAUUGAGCCUCUGCUAAACCAAGGAUACUGUGUAACGACAGACAAUUUUUACACCUCUUCAGAACUUUACAAGGUUUUUCACCCCCAAACGGAUGCAUAUGGAACCAUUCGGGAUAACCGGCACAACCUGCCAUCGAUGUUUGUAAAAAACAAACUGAAGUCGGGAGAAUUAGUUGCCUGGCAGAAAGGCAAAACAAUUGCCCUUAGAUGGCAGGACAAGGAUAUAUGCCUAAUGAGUACCGUUCACAAUGCCUCCACAGUGAUGGUACAAACAAAAGGUGGGAAAAACAUUCAGAAGCCGCAGGUUGUCAUUGACUACAACAGCACCAUGGGAGGUGUGGACAGCGCUGACCAAGCUAUGACUUUCUAUCCAGCUAUGAGAAAGCAGCAGAGGAAAUACUAUAAAAAGAUUUUCCGGCAUCUUCUGGAACAGUGUUUGUGGAAUGCCUAUAUUCUGUUCCGCAAAAACAGUGACAAGCCUGUGGUUCAUGCAGACUUUAUCUGGAAAGUGGCAGAAUCCAUUUUCCUCAAGCAUCAAAUGCCAGUGUGUGUGGGUAGAUCCGGACGACGUGCUGUGGGAGUUGUCAACCCAGAACGUCUGACUGGACGUCAUUUCCCUGACAACAUCCCAACAACCCAGAAAAAGGCAGCACCUACACAGAUGUGUGUGGUAUGUUGCUCUCGGCGAGAUGAGAGUAGAAAAAAAAAAUCCGCAAGGAAACGAGGUUCCACUAUCCUGAUUGCGAUGUCCCGUGUUUCAAAAUUUACCACACCUGUGAUGUUUUCUAAAACAAAAUGCAGUGUCUAUAUAAUAUUGUUUGGACAGAGUUCCGUGUGUUUUUGA